CGACUGCUGAGUUCCCUCCUGCUUGUGGCCCUUGCCUCAGGCUGUGGCCAGCCUUCCUACAACCCCUCAGGACGAGUCGUCAAUGGUGAGGAAGCUGUUCCCCACAGCUGGCCCUGGCAGGUCUCCCUUCAGUAUGAGAAGGAUGGGAGCUUCCACCAUACCUGUGGCGGCACCCUCAUUACCCCUGACUGGGUUCUGACCGCAGGCCACUGCAUCUCGAACUCCCUUACCUACCAGGUGGUACUGGGGGAGCAUGAACGUGGUGUGGAGGAGGGCUCAGAGCAGGUGAUCCCCAUCAACGCUGGAGACCUCUUUGUGCACCCUAAGUGGAGCUCCAUAUGUGUGAGCUGUGGCAACGACAUCGCCCUGGUCAAGCUCUCCAGAAGUGCCCAGCUGGGAGAUAAGGUCCAGCUUGCCUGCCUCCCUCCUGCUGGUGAAAUCCUACCCAACGGAGCACCCUGUUACAUCAGUGGCUGGGGCCGGCUCUCCACCAAUGGACCUCUGCCAGACAAGCUGCAGCAGGCCUUGCUGCCUGUCGUGGACUAUGAACACUGCUCCAAGUGGGACUGGUGGGGCUUCUCUGUGAGGAAGACCAUGGUGUGCGCUGGCGGCGAUACCCAGUCUGGCUGCAACGGUGACUCUGGAGGACCCCUCAACUGUCCCACUAAGAAUGGCACCUGGCAGGUCCACGGUGCGGCCAGCUUUGUGGCCUGGUAA